AUGAAUGGCAAGAUCUUUCUGAGCGAUAAGGUCCGUCAGAGAAGAGGUAUCGAAGAGAAUCCGCCAGGGGUUUCUUUUCACGCUUUCAAGCUGAGAAUCAAUACCAGCCAGUUCGGCCCGCAGCCGAUCGCUAGCUUCCGCAAUCUGCAUUUGAAUUUCAUGGCCCAUAUCCUUCACUCUGCGACUGACUUCAAGGAAGAGGUUGUUGGCCUGGGCUGUCCGGUUUCUGGCCUUCUGGCAGUUCUUAAUUGCCUCGUUUUGGAAAUGCUGCGCGAUCGUUACCUCGACUGGAGUGGUCGGAAAGUCAGGGAUCUGCCGAGUCCAUUCUUGGCCGAUAGCACUGAACUGCUGAACCUCGAUCAUCAUAUCGAUCAUUUGCUGUCGACCAUUGCGGAGGGUAGUCUUCACUUCGACCAAAGGUGCAUAUUGAUUGUACCUGGUUUCCGCGAAGCCAAUGGCCGAAAUGUUGUCACCAAGAAGGCGGAAAUUGAACCAGUUCCCCUCCAUGACCGUAGCCUUCACAUCUAG